CAGACGCUCGUUGGCAUCAAAUCUUUGCCUGUUCUUCGUGAUUCUUCAUUGUUCUCGAAAAUAUCUGUACCGAACCGGUAGUGUCAUAGUGGAUCGGUCCAAACAUCCAUCCCAACAGCACCGCAUUGGUCGGCCAUGAGAUUGGAGGCUGCUAUUCUGACCACUUUCGCGUCUCUCCUUGUUUCUCAAAAGCCCACUUAUCUAUUGCUAGAGAAUCAAAGCAUGACAAAGCGAACGGCAGCCUUGGCGGCAGCUGCCAAACUCUCCUCUUCUGUGAGAGCUUCGAAAGUGGCCAAGAAAUCUCCACCCCCAGCAGCCAAAAAGAAAUCUUCUUCUGUCAAGGCCCAGAAACCUGCGAAAGCAGCAGCAAGUACCAGUGUGGAUUCUGAAAAGCCGUGGUACACAAUCUUUACCAAAUCGGAUCCAGAGUAUGAUGAGUACAUGUCAAGAGAAUGGGGCUUUGAGAAGCGCGGCGACGAUGCCUUGUUUGAAAAGAUUUGUUUGGAAGGUGCUCAAUCUGGUUUGAGUUGGUUGACCAUCUUGCGCAAACGCGAAGCCUAUCGAAGUACUUUCCAUAAUUUUGAUAUUGGCAAGGUUGCUGUCAUGACGGCCAAGGAUGUGCAACGUAUUUUGGAUACCAACGAAGAGGACCCAACGAACAUGGUUGUUCGACACCGAGGGAAAAUUGAAGCAACCAUCAAUAAUGCCAAGUGCAUUCAAACCAUGUAUGAAGAAGAAGAAGAAGAAGGCAAAGAAGAUUCAAAGCAUGGUAUCUUUGACUCGUUUCUAUGGUCCUUCGUCAACGACAAACCGAUCCUAAAUACACAUUGGAAACACGGAGAAGGCCUCACCACGGCGUUGACAAAGACUCCCGAAAGUGAAGCCAUGAGCAAGGCUUUGAAGAAGAAAGGCUUUCGUUUUGUUGGUCCAACUACUUGUUAUGCCAUGAUGCAAAGCGUGGGAAUGGUGAUUGAUCAUCCCGCAGGAAGUCCUGAAUGGCAUGCUGCGGUGGAGAGAUUAGGGAAACGACCAGGAGGGUAUCAGAAAGACACGGAUGUGGUACGAGACCCUGCAGCAGACACAAAACCGCAAAAGGCAGCCGCCAAAAGGUCAAAAAAGCCCAACAAAAAGUAGCCAGAAUAAGCAUUAUUCUUGAACUAGACUAAGCAAUUCAUGGGAAAAUGGGGAUCUAUAGUAGUACAAUUCAUUGAAAUUCCUUCCUG